UGGGAAGAGACACGCCGACACCACAUUCAAAAUGGCCUCUAUCAGCAACUGCGCUGGACGUGGAUCAAAAUGUGCAUAAACAAUACCGUUCUGUGGAUUUACUCAUCAUCAUUACCGCUAAAUUCUUAAGGGGGGCGAUGUCAUGAACACACCACACUGUCAGAAGUGAAGUAUGUAAGAUGAGAUCUUGUUUUGCAGACAGCCCAGCCGAACCGGGGCGCCGCAGCAGCAGCAGCAGGGUAUCAUCUGCGGUUCUGAACCACCGACACCUCCAGUGAGAUGGAAGGAGUGGAGGAUGCUGAUGUGUUGGGUCUCGCACCGUCCUUCGAUGUCAACGACAACCGGGAACCAUGCAAAGUUCGCAUUUGUGUUUCUGACCCUGACGGCGCACGCUCCGGGCGGGCCGCCGGGGAGGAUUCUGUUUACAAUUCGGGUAAACGGGAUCGGGACGCCGGAGAGGCGUCAGCGUGCAAUGCACCGAAAGAGGGGCACAUUUUGCUUGAUUUGAUACCAGACUCUGUCUCUACGGUGGUUGGAGACAGGGAUAGGAUAUUCAAUGGAUUUUCCGAUCAACAGGAGGUGGAUGUGGUCUGUCCAGAUGGAGGAGGGGGAACCCGGUCCGGCCCAAAUGCAGCUGUGCGCGCACUCGGAAUGACAGAGUCGGAUCGGGUUAAGCGUGGGUGCGAGUGUGCUGGAGAGAGUGUAGAUAAACCCGACAAGGGUUAUUUAAAUUCACAGCUGAGGCCAAAGUCUCCAGUGUCAUUUGCUGGUAGGAAUUCACCAGAUAUGAAGAUGCCUAACGGAGAUGCGACCUAUGAGCAUAUGGACAAUGAUCGUAUAAACUGCAUGGAUUAUGAUCAUACAAUGCAAUCUUUUCAAAAAGGACUCAACAGUAGAGGUAUAAAAGUGGGGAAUGGAGGGUUUUUAAUUGUGAACAGUUAUAACACUCUGUCUCAAGUCCCUUUUGGAUCUCUUGGUGGCCUUCAUGCUCCAAAGAGCCAUGCCUUUGUUCAUCAAAGUGAUUGUGCGAGGUCAUGUGAAAGAAUCGUUUGUGCCAGCGCGGAGAGCUCGGACCCGGAUCCCGAAAACACACUGUCAGACCUCAGUGCCAAGCUGUCCUUGUCUCCCCUGGCAGAAAACACAAGCGAUUACACCGAAGCCGAGCCGAGCCCGGAAGAAUUUAGCGAGGGUGGUCCUCCACCCCGGCCCCAAAGUCUGCGGACUAACACCGGUCACUCAGUUUCCCUCAGCUGCGAUGCCACUCCCCUCAGCCCCGAGGAUGAUGGAUAUUUUGGAGCGGAGGGUGGCGUGGAUGAAUGCCUCAGCACUGGGAAUACAUUUGAUCUCGGGCGUCGACAAAGCGCUCCCGACAACCUCCCAGACAGACUAAACGAUAACCCCGAGGCUUCACCUGACCUAACGGUUGACACGAAGAGGCACGGCAUCGCCGAGUUCCUCACCAGGAGUUUGUUUUCCUGGAAGCCCAAAGAGUCAAGGGCCACAGCAUCCCAGAGUGUUCCAGGAUGGAAACUGUUUGGAAAAAUUCCAUUGAGGGACAACCCUCCCAAAGACUGUCAAAUCAUCCAACAGGAGUAUGAAUCCAGGGCGGUACCCCCUGUAGGACCGUCCCUUCAGCCAAUGAGAAGGAAGAAUCUGGAGUUUGAGCCUUUGUCCACCACUGCGCUCAUUCUGGAGGACAGGCCAGCGAACUUACCAGCUAAAUCAGAAGAGGAAUCUGAGAGGCACAGGCAGGAAUACAGUGAGAUGGUUGCAGGGGCCAAGAGAAGAGAAAUGAAAGAUGCACAGAAGAAAAAACGACAGAUGAAAGAAAGAUACCGUCAGGAAGAGAACAUCGCCAAUGCCAUGGUGAUCUGGAACACUGAGGUCCUGCCCAACUGGGAAAGCAUGCGUAACACCCGACGUGUGCGUGAACUCUGGUGGCAGGGUAUCCCGCCCAGCGUCCGUGGAAAGGUCUGGAGCCUCGCCAUCGGCAAUGAGCUAAACAUAACCCCAGAGCUGUACGAGAUCUUCCUGUCUAGAGCCAAAGAGAAAUGGCGGAGCUUCAGCGAGACAAGUUCUGUCAAUGAGAGCGAAGACUGUGGCGUGUCAUUGGCUGACAGAGAAUCUAGUCUGGAUUUAAUCAAGCUUGAUAUAUCAAGAACUUUCCCAUCUCUCUACAUAUUCCAGAAGGGUGGACCAUACCAUGAUUUAUUGCACAACGUGUUGGGGGCAUACACCUGUUAUAGACCCGAUGUUGGCUAUGUCCAGGGCAUGUCCUUCAUUGCUGCUGUUCUCAUUCUGAAUUCGGAAGAGGCCGAUGCCUUUAUUGCCUUCGCCAACCUCCUUAAUAAACCAUGCCAGAUGGCCUUCUUCAGAGUGGACCAUGACCUGAUGCUGAAGUAUUUUGCAGCAUUUGAAGUGUUUUUUGAAGAGAACCUGCCCAGACUAUUCCAGCACUUUCAGAACAACAGCUUGACCCCUGACUUUUACCUCAUAGACUGGAUCUUCACUCUGUACAGUAAGUCAUUACCGUUGGAUGUGGCCUGUCGUGUUUGGGAUGUGUUUUGCCGAGAUGGAGAGGAGGCAUUAUUCCGGACAGGACUGGGAAUUCUACGGCUGUACCAGGAUGUUCUGCUGCAGAUGGAUUUCAUCCACAGUGCACAAUUUCUUUCUCGGCUGCCUGAAAACACACCCGCACAUGCACUCUUCUCCUGCAUAGCUAACACACAGAUGGUCAGUAACAACCGUCGGUGGAACCAGGUCUUUUCUGCUCUGAUGAAAGAUGGACUAAAAGAAACAGACAAAAGCAGCAGUAGUCCUGCCUUAAGAAGCUAACAGCUGACACUCCUAAAGGACAAGGGGAUCUUUUUGAGGCUCGGAGAUGAUGACUGUUCACGCAGCACUUUGAACUCUGCCUUGUGCCUGAGGAGAACCUGAAGAUCUGAAGGACAUCUUGGGCUCAAACUUGAUAUGCUUGUUGUACUGUUAAAAAUGUCAUGAUGGACCCGUCCUCUGUGGAAGGGUUGUUUUUUCACUUACGUUCAAAAGCGUUUAUACCUGUGUUUAAGAAUGAAUUCGAGAGCAGGAGAAUAAUACAAAUGUGAGUCAGGUUAUCGUAUAAUGUGCCAACUUUGUCAAUGUUACUUUUGUAAUAUUGUGACUGUAAGAAAACAACCAGAUCAGAUAAUGAUCAGAACCAUUUACACACAUACAGAGGCCUAAGAUACAGACAUGAACGCCCCAGGCCAGCAGUAAUCUUGCACCAGCGGUAGGCCAUCUGGUGCACACACACACACACAUAAUCUAAACCUGCAGUAGCCUUUCAUUUAGCACACAGCAAAUCUGUCAAUGUAUUUAUGCAAAAUGUGUUUGCUUUUCUUUUUUUAAAAUCAGUCUGUUUGCUAAAAUCCUCACCUCUGUUUGACUGCAGUUAUAGAGCCAUUGAUACCCAUGGCAAUAUUUCUGUAUCCCUGUGACCACCUGUGAGCCACAGUAUACCCCAAAACUCUAAACGGAGACCUGGAACCAGAAUAGCUUGAAUCAGAAUUGCUGAUCUGAGAUCAGGGUUUGCCUGUUAUAUGCCAUCUAAAGACAGAUGCUGAUCAAAUAUUACAACUCGAGAGUUUUCUUAAUAAUCAGCCAUGAGGUUUUGAAUAAAAUGUCUGCAAACACACACAUUACACACUAACCUUAACCAGCAAACAAGAGAUCAAGUUUUGCACCUUCUACAACACUCCAAAAUGAAUGAUUUUUUACAUUUUGUUGUUAUUUAAGGCCUGUUUUUAAUUUAAGAAUCAUCUUUUUAUCUUUCUCACGGUUGUACAGUUUUCUUACAUCAACAGUGAAAAUUGUACGUUGCUUGUGUGAGGGAUCUAGUCAAUUUCAGUAUUGGAGACCUGAUUUGUCUUCCUGUCAUUCUUUCUUAGUUUCUUUUUUACUUGCACAGCAUCUUAUAAAAUGAAACUACAUUUAAGGAAGAUUUUGUUACAUUGUGCAAGCCACAACAUGGGACCAGCAUGUUUUUGAGAAGUGCCAUCUACAAAAUACAGCAAUUGCUUCUUUUUGGACAAGAAGUUUAUGCUGCCUGCUUCAUGGUUCUUUAACAUUAUAUUUAAUGAAAUAUCUGGUUCAUUAAUUAUGUGCAAAAUAAAAAAAUGAAAUCCUACUAAAUUUCGAUUUAUACUGUGAUAAAUCGGUACACCCCUAAACAUCAGAUCAAAUACUAUAGCAUAGCUUGUUCCUAAUAGCCAAUUGCCUUUACACCCUAGCCAUGAACCAUGGUUAGCUACCCUACAUAGUGUGUCGAGGGAAUGUGCUAUUAGGCUAAACUUGAAAGCAUUUGAUUAAACAUCACCCACUGGUGCAGGGCAAGUCAGGACUUUUGUUGUCUGCUUGCUUACCUGGAAGAUACAGACUGCUCUUUUUAAAGGGGACAUUUCAUGAAAACCUUUCUUUUUUUCAUGUUUAAGUGCUAUAAUUGGGUCCCCAGUACUUCUAUCAACCUAGAAAAUGUGAAAACAUCAACCCAGUAACUUAGUUUUGGUAAACCAUUCUCUGCAAGCAUAUGAAAAAAGCUCCCCCUGUGAUGUCAGAAGUGGAUAAUACCACCCCUUUAUCUGCACCAUCCAACCACAGCCUUUUAGUGCGGAGAUCAACUCAUUUGCAUUUUAAAGCAACACUAAAGAGUUUUUGCUCUUUGCUCCCACUACAGGUUAGAAGCGUAAUUGUCCUUUACAAUUGUCGUAAAUACUGCAGCAUAGCUGGCUCUGAUUGAAUUGUAGGUCUGCCGUGAAGCAGUUUUUGUAGUUUUCACUCGAACUACAGGACCGCGACCCGGCGGUUGGAAACUUCUUUAGUGCGGUUUUGGCCGAUAGAGGGCUGCAAAGCGAAUGUGAAAGUGCUGUUCACCCUGUUUCGAGUGGAUGAACGACUGAAACUUUAUUUUAAGGUUAAAAAAAAACUCUUUGAUGUUGCUUUAAAGGACCCAAAACAGCACUUUUUUAUCAAAACUACCAAGUGGCAAUUUUAAAACCCUAUAAUAAAUUAUCUAUAUGGUAUUUAUGAGCUAAAACCUUACAUGCAAACUCUGUGGACACCAAAGACUUAUAUGACAUCUAAGGCCUUGUCCACACGGACAUGGGUGUUUUUAUAACGCAGUAAAAAACGUUUUUUUUUUUACGCAGUUCGUCCGUUCGUCCACACGGACACGCAGUAUCACAUCACUGAAACCGAAUGUUUUUGCAAACCCCUGCCAGGGUGAGUAUUUCAAGAAACGCCGGUUGCGGUGUUGUCGUGUAGACAGUAAAACCGGAGUUUUUGCCUCGCAAAGUCACUUUUCUCAGGCUUCUGAUUGGCCGAGAUGGCUUUAGAUUUGAGUUAUAUCACCGCCUGCUGGUGUGGCAUGCUCUUGAAAGCACGUUUUUUUGCGUGUUCAUGUAGGCGGAAAUUUCUUUUAAACCGAGCAUGCCAUGUGUGGAGGGGAAUUUUUUUAAACCACAGGAGGAAAACCUAUUAAAGACUUAAAGUCUUGUGAAAUGUCCCCACUAACUUAGGCCCUGUUUACACGUACAUGGGUAUUUGGAAAAAUGGAGACAUUUCUCUUC